AUGUCUGCUAUUCUUUCUGGGCUAUUCACUCUCUGUCAUCUCCUUAUCUCCAUAGCCUUAAAUGCAAGUUACGGUAGUUCUAAUGAUUCUUUAUUCGCAAAUCAAGCCCUCUGGGGCAGCGAGACUUUAGUUUCGUCCAACCAAAACUUUGAAUUAGGAUUUGUUGGUUCUUUUUCAAUGCCUGUAUGCAAGAUGUACCUGGGAUUGUGGUACAAGAGGAUAGGUUCCCGUACUGUUGUAUGGGUAGGAAAUAGACUGAAGCCAGUUGGAUGUGGUGCAAUGCUUGUGAUCAACACAAAAGGAAACAUUUUUCUCCUAGAUGUUAUAGGAACAGUCGUUUGGAUUUAUAAUCAAAACCAGACUGUUCCCAGGCCAGUUCUGAAGCUACUGGAUUCAGGUAAUCUUGUGUUUGGAGAUUCUACCAAUCUGACAGCUGGAGAGUACCUGUGGCAAAGCUUUGACCACCCUGUUGACACAUUGUUACCAGGAAUGAAGCUCGGCUGGGACAAGAAAACUGGUAUCGACCGAUCCAUGAGGUCCUGGAGGACAAGUAAUGAUCCAGCUCCAGGCGAUUAUUUGUUCAGGUUAGACUCAGGUGACUCAGGUCAGUCACCCCAACUAAUUCUUGAGAAAAACCAGCGAAUAAAUUCAAGGUGGGGUCCUUGGGAUGGACAAAGAUUCAGUGGCGGUUCUGCUCUCAUGGACAACCAGGCAUUCAGACCAAUAUUUAACUCCAAUACUGAUGCAUCUUAUUUCACAUUCGAAGCCAAGAAUGACUGGAGUUUGAAACUUUCAUUGAAUCCAGAGGGAAAAAUACAGUUCCUGAAUUGGACUAAUGCUACCAAUAGCUGGGGUGAAGUGGAGACACUGAAUAUGGACAUAUGUGACCAGUAUAACACUUGUGGGCCCUAUGGAGUUUGUAUUGGUGAAGAGCUCCCCUGCGGGUGUCUUGAUGGUUUCAUAGCUGCAUCACCAGAUGACAAGAUAAAUUUUACCCAAGGAUGUAGGAGAAACACCGCACUUAACUAUACUGACAAAGACGUGUUUGUGAAGAAUACUGGACUGAAGUUGCCUGAUAAUGCAACUUACUGGGGAAUGUUGUACCCCCAGGAGUGUGAAGAGAAGUGCUUCAACGAAAGAUCGUGUAUGGCUUACACUAAUAUCAAUAUCAACGGAAAUGGAAGCAAAUGUCUUGUUUGGUUGGGAGAUUUACUUGAUAUGAGACGUUCACAGAAAGCUGGGAACGACAUUUUUAUACGGAUGGCACAUGGAAAACUAGAUGCACCUGUUUCCCAUGGCAGAUGGGAAAAGGAAUGGAUAGUGAUUGUUUCUUUAAUCUCAGUGCUGGCACUACUUAUUAUCUUUCCUACAUCUAUUGUGUUUCUAUAUCGAGCAACGAGGACAGAGGUGCUAGAUGAACCACAAAUCAAUCAGCCGGGAAAUUCUCAAGGAGCUUUGAUGCAGGGCACUAAUGUCAUUGCAUAUGAUUCCAGCGAUCUAGCUGCAGCCACUAACAAUUUCUCGCUGGCUAAUAAGAUAGGGCAUGGUGGCUUUGGCAAUGUUUAUAAGGGUGUACUAGAGACUGGAGAAGAAAUAGCAGUGAAGAAGCAGGACGUGACUUCACGUCAAGGAUUUAAAGAGUUCGAGAAUGAAGUCAAGUUAAUAGCAAAACUACAGCAUCGUAACCUAACCAAGUUGUUGGGAUACUGCAUUCAUGGAACAGAAAAAUUCCUAGUCUAUGAGUUCAUGGAAAAUAAUAGCCUAGACAAGGUCAUAUUUGAUCCUGCAAGAAGAGGUACAGUAACAUGGCCAAUGCGCUUUAACAUUAUCAAAGGAAUUGCAAAAGGAUUAGUUUACAUGCAUCAUGACUCAAGGUUGACAAUAAUCCAUCGGGAUUUAAAAGCUAGCAAUGUCUUGAUAGACAGAGAGAUGACACCCAAGAUAUCUGACUUAGGGUUGUCAAGGGUAUUUGAAGAUGAUGUUGAAGAAAGGACUCGGCAUGUAAUUGGAACACGUGGUUAUAUGCCUCCUGAGUACAUGAAAGAUGGACAUUAUUCAACAAAAUCAGACGUGUUUAGUUUUGGAAUCCUGGCAUUGGAGAUUGUGAGUGGCCAAAAGAAUUGGGAUUAUCGGCACCCAAUCUAUGAUAUUGGUCUAGUAGACUAUGCUUGGAAAAUUUGGCGUGAGGGGAAAGCUAUAGAACUACUGGAUCCGAUGAUAGAAAAACCAGGUGAUGGGAAUGAAGUUUUAGGAUGCAUCCUUGUUGGGCUCUUGUGUUGUCAACGGCGAUCCCAAGACAGACCUUCAAUGGUUCAGGUGGUUUCCUUACUGGAGGAGAAUGAAAUGUCAAAGUUCAAUUUUAUGCCCCAGGAACCUUACUUCUCUAAGGAGUUGAGGCGUGGUGGCAGGAGUGGUGACAGCAUGAAUGGGGUAACUAUUACUUAGUAAACUGGAGGAUCAUGACCUAAUCUGAAAAGACAAAUAUACUGAGAACAAACUCUGAAUAUGUGACGUCCUUUUCUUUUUCCUAUUUCUAUAGCUUGAAACUAUGAACAUGACAUUCCUGCUUGAAAACAGCCCAAGAAGCUUAACCUGAGUUUCCCAUUUUGGGAGCUUACAAGUGGGAAUUCCAGGGCAAUUAGCGUUGCUAAGGAAAGGAUCAUUUAUUAUCCUUUAUUAAAGUACUAAUGACCUUUUCUAACGUUAACUUAGCAUUUAGUAUCUUGUUGAAUUUGGGUGUUCAACUACUAUUCACAGGGAUAGUCAUUCGAUUAAUUCACAUUCAAGGUCAUGAAUGUUUGGAAUA